AUGGAGUAUGUUAACACAGUCUUCACAGAGGGACCACUAGAAGAACAGAUCCGUGAUUUUGCAGUUUAUCUGACGAAACUCAAGCAAGAAGACGGCGCAUUCGUUACAUCCAUAAACACCCUAUUAGAUGAAAAAAAAUAUGAUCAAGUAUUUUCCACAUUCGCAUCAGAGGCUUCGGCGUUACUGGAUGCACCGGAAAAAGAAUUCGAACCGAUGUAUAACUUAUUAAUUGUCAUCUUGCAAUCGGCUUCCCCCGAGGCACGUCCCGUACUCGUAAAAACGUCAAUUAAAGCUUUGGUUGACGAUGAUCGGGAUAAAACUAUCGCAAAACUCAAAGUUUUGCAAAACUUUUACAACACACUUGAAAGCACAUCACCCCUGAGAUAUGACGUAUUUCUGGCUGUACUCACCAUUGCAGCAAAGAAUGACGAGAUCGAUACAAUUUUACCGCAACUACCCCGAUUGGACGUUUGGGUGAAAGAGUGGGCAAUAACAAAGCAACAAGAACGCGAAUUAUAUUUAAUAAUUUCUGAUAAUUUAAAAGAAGCUGGGGAAGCUAAGGAAUCGUAUGAUUUUCUCUUAAAAUACCUUGCCACUUUCAAUGGAAGCGACAAUUAUACGGAAGCAAAGAUAGCCGCAACUCGAGCUCUCACAGAGGCUAUUCAAUUACCUGAAAUUUUAAGUUUUGAGAAUCUCGUGGAAUUGGAUGCUGUAAAAACUUUAAAGGAUGAAAAGCUUUUCGAGUUAUUAAAAAUCUUUCUUGGUAGUACACUGAAAGAAUACAAGACGUUUACCGAGCAGAAUCCUGGGUUAGUGGAAAAACUUGGACUUUCGAAUGAAGACAAUAUACGCAAGAUACGCCUUUUAACGCUGGCUUCGAUUUCUUCGGGGCACGUAGGCACCGAAAUCUCAUACAGUGAUAUUGCGAGGGCAUUGGAAAUUGACGAGAAUGAGGUUGAGAUGUGGACAAUUGAUGUUAUUAGAGCCAAACUGCUUGAAGCAAAACUAAACCAAGUGAAUAGAACAAUACUCGUAAAUCGGUCAACUUAUCGAACGUUCACUAAAGAACAAUGGAUGCAGUUGGCAGACAGAUUGGCAGGCUGGCAGGAAUCACUGGCCGAUAUCCUGCAAGUAGUUGCUAAUGCUAAACUUAUCGUACAACACGCAAAUGUGAACGCCAAUAUUGCUGCUACUACUCCAUUGGUUGUCGCAGAAAGUAACGUGAAUGGACAAGAAGAUAGUGGACAGUAG